AUGUCUGCACAUCCGCAGGGAGGCCAUUACGACGAAGGCUACGGCCAGAGUCAGGCCAAUGCCCAUGGUCAGGACGCCUACUACCAGGACGAACAAUAUGGCGGGCAGUAUCACGACGAUGCCGCCCGUGGUCAGCAGCAGCCGCCGCAUCAGCAGCAGCAAGGCGAUGCAUACUACGACGAAUCAGCCUACUAUGACGAUCGAGGUGGCCAACAUGGCCAGCAAAACGGCUACUACGACGAUCGUGGUGGUCAACAGGGCUACCAAGACGAGUACUACAAUGAUCAAUACUAUGAUCAGGGUGGCGCUCAGGAGGGCUAUGGCCAGCAAAACGGUCACAACGCCCAACAGCCCCGCCGUCAUGAUUCCGAGGAAGACUCCGAAACAUUUAGCGACUUCACAAUGCGCUCCGACAUGGCUCGCGCCACUGACAUGGACUACUACGGCCGUGGCGAUGAACGAUACAACAGCUAUGGAGGCGAUGGCGCGACCCGCGGAUACCGGCCCCCGUCGUCUCAGGUGUCCUACGGUGGUAACCGCUCUUCGGGUGCCUCGACGCCUGUCUACGGCAUGGACUAUGCCAACGCUCUCCCCGCCGGUCAGCGCUCGCGCGAGCCUUACCCAGCCUGGACCACCGAAGCACAGAUUCCUUGCACAAAGGAGGAGAUUGAGGACAUCUUCCUUGACCUCACGGCCAAGUUUGGAUUCCAGCGCGACAGCAUGAGGAACAUGUACGACCAUCUCAUGACUCUUCUGGACUCUCGAGCGUCUCGUAUGUCUCCCAACCAGGCUCUUUUGUCGCUGCACGCAGAUUACAUCGGUGGAGAAAACGCCAAUUUCCGCAGAUGGUACUUCGCCGCUCAUCUGGAUCUCGACGAUGCCGUUGGUUUUUCCAACAUGAAUCUUGGCAAGGCUAACCGCCGGACGCGCAAGGCUCGCAAGGCCGCGCAGAAGAAGGCUGCCGAAAACCCAGGCAACGAGCAAGAGACCCUGGAGGCUCUCGAAGGUGACAACAGUUUGGAGGCGGCUGAAUACCGCUGGAAAACUCGUAUGAACCGAAUGUCGCAGCACGACCGUGUCCGCCAGGUAGCUCUGUACCUUUUGUGCUGGGGUGAGGCCAAUCAGGUCCGUUUCAUGCCUGAGCUUACGGCCUUCAUCUUCAAGUGCGCCGACGACUACCUCAAUUCGCCAGCUGGACAAGCUCAGACUGAGCCCGUCGAGGAGUUCACGUACUUGAACACCAUCAUCACUCCGCUGUACCAGUACUGCCGUGACCAGGGAUACGAGAUCCAAGACGGCAAAUACGUGCGACGAGAGCGUGAUCAUCAAGCCAUCAUUGGUUACGACGACAUGAACCAGCUCUUUUGGUACCCCGAGGGUCUCGAGCGCAUAGUAUUCGAGGACAAGUCUCGAAUUGUUGACUUCCCUCCCGCCGAGCGCUACGCCAAGCUGAAGGACGUUGUCUGGAAGAAGGUGUUUUUCAAGACCUAUUACGAACGUCGAUCAUGGUUCCACAUGCUCGUCAACUUCAACCGUAUCUGGGUCAUUCAUCUUACGGCUUUCUGGUUUUACACUGCAUACAACUCCCAACCAGUUUACACCAAAGGCUACGAACAACAACGUGACAACAAACCUGAGAAGGCUGCGAUCUUGUCCGCUGUUGGCUUGGGUGGUACUAUCGCCUCGUUGAUUCAAGUCGUUGCGACUAUCUGCGAAUGGGUCUACGUCCCCCGUAAAUGGGCUGGUGCGCAGCAUUUGACCAAGCGUCUUCUUUUCCUCCUCGCUGUGUUGGUAAUCAACGCAGCUCCCGCUGUAUACAUCUUCGGUCUCGACAAACGCACAGGUCUUAUCCCCAACAUCCUUGGUGGUGUCCAGUUUGGUAUCGCUCUGAUCACCUUCGUCUUUUUCUCGGUCAUGCCCUUGGGCGGUUUGUUUGGAAGCUACUUGACUCGCAACUCUCGCAAGUACGUUGCCAGCCAAACGUUCACGGCCAGCUUCCCCCGGCUCCACGGCAAUGACAUGUGGAUGUCCUACGGCCUCUGGGUCUUGGUUUUCACUGCGAAGCUUGCUGAGUCCUACUUCUUCUUGACCCUGUCAAUCAAGGAUCCUAUUCGUAUCCUUUCGCACAUGAAGAAGCCCGACUGCCUAGGCGACGCUAUCUUCGGUGACAUCCUCUGCAAGUACCAGCCACGAAUUCUUCUUGGUCUGAUGUACUUCAUGGACUUGGUGCUCUUCUUCUUGGAUACAUACCUUUGGUACAUUAUCGCCAACAUGUUGUUCUCCGUGUCACGAUCCUUCUACCUAGGUGUCUCGAUCUGGACUCCAUGGAGGAACAUCUUCUCCCGUCUCCCGAAGCGUAUCUAUUCAAAGAUCCUCGCGACAACCGACAUGGAGAUCAAGUACAAGCCUAAGGUCCUUAUCUCGCAGAUCUGGAACGCCAUCGUCAUCUCGAUGUACCGCGAGCAUCUCCUCGCUAUCGACCAUGUCCAGAAGCUUUUGUACCACCAAGUACCUUCGGAGCAGGAGGGCAAGCGAACACUUCGCGCCCCCACCUUCUUUGUGUCUCAGGAAGAUCAUUCAUUCAAGACUGAGUUCUUCCCAGCUCAGAGCGAGGCCGAGCGUCGUAUCUCCUUCUUCGCGCAGUCGCUCUCUACCCCGAUCCCAGAGCCUCUGCCUGUCGACAACAUGCCAACGUUCACGGUCAUGAUUCCUCACUACGGUGAAAAGAUCUUGCUUUCGCUUCGUGAGAUCAUUCGCGAGGACGAGCCUUAUUCUCGUGUCACUCUUCUUGAAUACCUCAAGCAACUCCAUCCUCACGAGUGGGAUUGCUUCGUCAAGGAUACGAAGAUUUUGGCCGACGAGACCUCGCAGUUCAAUGGCGACGACGAGAAGACUGAGAAAACCACUGCUAAGAGCAAGAUCGACGAUCUUCCCUUCUACUGCAUUGGAUUCAAAUCUGCCGCUCCCGAGUACACUCUCCGAACCCGAAUUUGGGCAUCACUCCGCUCCCAGACUCUUUACCGUACCAUCUCUGGCUUCAUGAACUACAGCCGUGCUAUCAAGCUCCUGUACCGUGUGGAGAACCCCGAAGUUGUUCAGAUGUUUGGUGGUAACUCAGAUAAGCUUGAACGCGAGCUCGAGCGCAUGGCCAGACGUAAAUACAAGAUUUGCGUUUCUAUGCAGCGUUAUGCCAAGUUCACCAAGGAGGAGCGCGAGAACACCGAAUUUUUGCUCCGUGCUUAUCCUGAUCUGCAAAUCGCUUACCUCGAUGAGGAGCCGCCGGCGGCAGAGGGUGAAGAGCCCCGUAUCUAUUCUGCAUUGAUCGAUGGUCACUCCGAAAUCAUGGACAACGGCAUGCGUCGACCCAAGUUCCGCAUUCAGCUUUCGGGUAACCCCAUUCUCGGUGACGGCAAGUCUGACAACCAGAACCACUGCAUCAUCUUCUACCGCGGCGAAUACAUCCAGCUUAUCGAUGCUAACCAGGACAACUACUUGGAGGAGUGCCUGAAGAUUCGAAGCGUUCUGGCUGAAUUCGAGGAAAUGACCACCGACAACGUCUCACCCUACACACCCGGCAUUCCAAACCCGAACUUCAACCCCGUUGCCAUUCUCGGAGCCCGUGAAUACAUUUUCUCUGAGAACAUCGGUAUCCUUGGUGACAUCGCCGCUGGUAAGGAACAAACAUUCGGUACCAUGUUCGCGCGUACCUUGGCUCAGAUUGGUGGAAAGCUCCAUUAUGGUCAUCCCGAUUUCCUCAACGGUAUCUUCAUGACAACACGUGGAGGUGUCUCUAAGGCCCAGAAAGGACUUCAUCUCAACGAGGAUAUUUACGCCGGUAUGACCGCCCUUCUCCGUGGUGGUCGCAUCAAGCACUGCGAAUACUACCAGUGCGGUAAGGGUCGUGAUCUUGGGUUUGGUUCCGUUCUCAACUUCACCACCAAGAUUGGUACUGGAAUGGGUGAGCAGAUGUUGUCCCGCGAGUACUACUACUUGGGUACACAACUGCCUCUCGAUCGCUUCCUGUCCUUCUUCUACGCCCAUCCCGGUUUCCACAUCAACAACAUGUUCAUUAUGCUUUCGGUGCAGUGCUUCAUGUUUGUCCUCCUCAACCUUGGAGCCCUUAGGCACGAGACCAUUCUUUGCCAAUUCGACAAGGACACUCCGAUCACCGACCCGCAAUGGCCCAACGGCUGUGCCAAUCUGACUCCCGUUUUCGACUGGGUCACACGUUGUAUCGUCUCCAUCUUCAUCGUCUUCUUCAUCUCCUUUGUUCCCCUUGUGGUUCAGGAGUUGACAGAGCGUGGAUUCUGGCGCGCUGCAACGCGUCUUGCGAAGCAUUUCGCUUCCGGCUCGCCCUUCUUCGAGGUUUUCGUCACGCAAAUCUAUGCGAACGCACUCCAAACGAAUUUGGCAUAUGGUGGUGCUCGUUACAUCGGAACUGGUCGUGGUUUCGCCACUGCACGUAUUCCUUUUGGCAUCCUUUACUCUCGAUUUGCUGGACCUUCAAUCUACAUUGGUGCUCGAUCAUUGAUGAUGCUUCUGUUCGCAACCAUCACUGUCUGGGGCGGAUGGCUCACCUACUUCUGGCUGUCUCUAUUGGCUCUUUGCCUGUCGCCAUUCCUCUUCAACCCGCACCAGUUUUCUUGGGACGACUUCUUCAUCGACUACAGGGAAUACCUCCGCUGGUUGUCCCGAGGAAACACGCGAUCCCACAGUGCCUCCUGGAUUGGAUACUGCCGAUUGUCACGAACGAGAAUUACCGGUUUCAAGCGCAAGGUCCUUGGUGAUCCGUCAUCCAAGCUGUCUGGAGAUGUGCCUCGUGCCAAGUUCAUGAACAUCUUCAUGUCUGAGGUCCUUGGGCCGCUUGUCUUGGUUGCCAUUACCCUGAUCCCAUACCUCUUCAUCAAUGCCCAAACAGGUGUCAAGAACCGUGACACUUCGCUUGAUAAGGACGGUGUAACCGGAGACCCCACCGCUGCCGGCGCGUUGGUACGCAUUGGAGUUAUCGCUCUUGGACCUGUUGCCAUCAACGCUGGUGUAUUGGGAGGCAUGUUUGGCUUGGCUUGUUGCGCGGGUCCUCUUCUUAGCAUGUGCUGCAAGAAGUUUGGUGCUGUCCUCGCUGCCAUUGCUCACGCAAUCGCCGUCAUUAUGCUCCUUGCCUUCUUUGUCGUCCUCAUGUUCUUGGAGGGCUGGAGCUUCCCACGAGCUCUGUCCGGAAUGAUUGCGGUCGUCGCCAUCCAGCGAUUCCUCGUCAAGUUCAUCAUCACUCUUGCCCUCACUCGAGAGUUCAAGGCCGACACUUCCAACAUCGCUUGGUGGACCGGUAAAUGGUACACGAUGGGAUGGCACACCAUGACUCAGCCCGGCCGAGAAUUCCUCUGCAAGAUCUGCGAGUUGAGCAUGUUUGCCGCUGACUUCAUUCUGGGGCACACUCUGCUCUUCUUCAUGCUUCCGGUCUUGUUGAUCCCCUAUGCCGACAAGUUCCACUCUGUCAUGUUGUUCUGGCUUCGACCCAGUCGUCAAAUCCGACCUCCUAUCUACUCGCUGAAGCAGACCAAGUUGCGCAAGCGCAGAGUGGUCCGAUACGCGAUUCUGUACUUUGUCAUCCUUGUUGUCUUCCUCGCCAUCAUUGUCGGACCUAUUGUUGCUGGCAAAUUCCUCAACUUUAGCUUUGAUCUCCCAAUGGAGCUUAUGCAACCUACUGGCUACAGCAACAACGACACAUUCGCGUCGACGACUGGACGUUGUAUCCAGGGCACCUGCCCAGAGUACCAAGGUGGUAAUGCGGAUUCUGGAGAUGAUGACUCGGCAACGGCAGUAGCAUCGGCGACUGAUGACGCGGCUCGUCGCUUCCGCCGUAGGUACAUGGCAUUUUAA